CGUGGCCGCCGGCAAUAAAGACCCUGCAAUUUGGCAUAGUUUUGUCUUGCUGUUGAUUUCCUGCUCGCUCAGGUGCUACAUCUGGAGGCCCCAGUGAGAUUUCCUUUCUCCCUCCAUCACCAGACAAAAGCCGUCUCAGAGCCUCAGCCGGGCGGUUGCCCCCGCCCCAGGGAUCCCUAGGGGAGGCGCCCCCUGAGACAUUCCAGGGCCCCAGGGUUCAGGCCCCAUGGCAACUGUGUCACCAUGCUGCCAACAUUCACCCAAAAUUCUUCAGGGUCCUGGGAACCUCCGGAGGUAAGUCUGUUCUGGAAUCUGGGGACUAGUCCAUUGGUAUCUGUAGCCUGAGUCAGGGGACUGGAAGCGGUCACUGCAACUCUGACCCCAGCAAGCCUCCCCGAGACAUCACCUGAGGCUCUGGCAUCUGGUAGCUAGUAUAGUGGGUAUCAACAUUUGGUUGUUUUCUGUAACCUCUGUGUGAGUGUGAGAGUGAAUGUGUAUAUACGUAGUCCCACGGCCAGUAGGUUACAGGAUUUGUGAGGGCCUUCACCCACGAUUCCACAGGAGCGUCAUAAGGCGUAAUGGUAAUUCACCUCAGAACCAAAAAUUCUGAGGUGACCAGGCCCGGGGUUUAUACGGGUACACCUUAGCCAAGACGUCCUGAAAUAUCCCUCCGGGAACGUGGCCAGGCAGGCAUCAGACUGGUCUCCCAUCUAGGGGGGCACCCAUCCUUUGUCUGUCCAUCUUAUAUGUGGUUCUGUCUGUAUUGUAGAUUCACCAGUUUUGUUGGACUUUUGUUGGCUAAUAUACAGUGGUUCAGGCCUGCUUCCCUUGAGGUAGAAAACAUUUUACAGUGGCUGACGGACCACUGGCUGCAGGGGACCUUUACCGAAUUUAUGCCCUUGAAAAUAACUCUGUUCUCUUUCCUUUUCCUAUUCCUUUUCUAUAAUUGAGGCCUCACUUUUCCUUUUCUCAUUCUUCCUUUUCUUCCAUGUCCGGGAGAAGAUUCUGUCCUCGACGACUCGGAUGUAGUUUCUUUGGAGUCUUGGGAAAUCAAAUCCUAGGUAAAAACCUGCCAGCUCUUCUUUUCUGAUUAGAAUGGGAAAGGAGUAGCUAUCUAUUCUGUCAAAAAAAACAUUCAAUGUUGUUACCAGCGUUGCCCAAUCCUACAUCAUGAGUCUAUAUAUUGGCACCAUCCUGACUGUUGGGAGGUUGGAUGUCAUGGCCUACUAGAAACUGAUUGGCAAAGAUUUUAUACCCUCUAUAAAGUGUGGUGGAUUCAAAAUUCUCAACCAGUAGAUCUCUUAGUCCACCUAUUUUGUCACUUCCCAACCUUCCCAAAGCCUCUGACUGCCAGGAUAUACAUAAAAGAGAAUUAUGCCCGAGUGGCAUUAAAUCUUCACCAGGCUUACUACUGCCAGUUGUGGCUAAAUAGUGGGGAGCCAUAUACAUUUCCUUGGCCUCUACCACCUGUCCCCUUGGCCCGGACUAGAGAUAGACCCAUCAACUUAACAGUCUUUUCUUUACAAGACCUAGCAGUGGAAGCAUUGCUAAACCCAAUACUAGAACGGGCACAAUUUGAAUUCGAGGCUUUCCAGAAUUGGCUAUACCAUAAAAGCAGAAAAGCCCAGGUGGUUAUUGGGGAACGUAGGAGAAGGUGACGAAAAUGGGUUCAUCACACUCCCAACCCUGCACCCCCCUCCAGUGCAUGACAGUAAAUUUUAAGGCGGUGUUUUCUGGUCAGUAUGGCGUUAAAUUAACCCCCAAAAAACUUCGUACCCUCUGUGAAUUAGAAUGGCCAUCAUUUGGAUUGGGGUGGCCAGAUAUGGGAACCUAUGACCCAAAAAUAACCCAGGCCACCUGGAAUGUUGUAACAGGUUCCCCAGGCCACCCUGAUCAAUUCCCCUACAUUGAUCAAUGAUUAGGUUUAGUCCAGCAGCCCCCCCGCCGGCUGAAUCGUUGCAUCAAACAGGCUGUGCUACAAGCUAUGAUAGCAACCCCAGGCCCAAAAAAAUCACCCUCAGCACCAACUAUACUCCCUAGUUUGGCAGAAGACCAAGAGUUACCUCCACCUUAUUCUAGGCCCCCCGAGAAAAGGGGCCAAUACCCCACUCCGGACAGUACUAGUAGCCAGCCCUUAUACCCUUUACAUACCUGAAGUGGGACCCCACAUCCCCCAGCUGUCCUUCCUCUCAGGGAGGCACCCCCUUCAUGGGACAGUGACAGGGGCCGGCCAUUUUUUGUCCAUAUCCCUUUCUCCUCAAGUGAUUUGUACAGUUGGAAGACUCAACACCCUCCAUUCUCUGAGAGGCCCCAGGUGCUCACAGGGCUCCUGGAAUCUGUUUUACAAACCCAUCGUCCCACACAGGAUGACUGUCAACAAUUAUUUCUAAUCCUCUUCACCACUGAAGAAAGGAGUAGGAUUAGGCAGAAGGUCUUAAAGUCUAUCAUAGGUCUCCAGAGAGGUACGGUGGAGGAAAACCAGGGCUGAAUUAAUGAAAUAUUCCCUUGCACCCGACCCCAAUGGUACCCAAACACUUUGGCGGGUCUGCAGGCUUUGAACAAUUUUCAUGGGUAUCUAUUAGAGGGGGUUAGGAAAGCGGCUCAUAAGCCCACUAACCUCUCCAAGGUAGGGACCAUAACUCAGGGUCCACAGGAGUCGCCGGCUGCUUUCCUUGAGCGCCUGCAAGAUGCAUAUCGCACCUACAAGAUGCAUAUCGCACCUACACUCCUAAUGACCCUGAGGCUUUAGAAAACCAGCGGGCCAUCAAUCUGGCUUUUGUCUCCCAGUCCGCCCCAGAUAUCAGGAAAAAGUUACAAAGGUUGGAAGGAUUCCAAGGAAUGAAUUUAACUCAAUUGUGGGAAACUGCCCAAAAAGUUUUUAAUAAUAGGAAUACCUCAGAGGAGAGGCAGGAUAAGAGAGUUACUAAAGCAAUAACAGCAGCUCUUCAGGAAACCCAAGUUAUUCCACGGGGACCAAGGCCCCGGUCAAGUGACCCCACAGGAGGCCCUCGGGGUCCCCGGCCCUGGCUUAGAAAUAACCAGUGCGCAUUCUGCUGACAGGAAGGUCAUUGGAAAAAUAAGUGCCCCGAGAGGAAAAGGCAAGACACAGCUCAGGAAAGGCAGCCACGAGCCAUUCUCAAUUUACAGAGCCAGAAAUGACAGGGCUGGGGCUCUUACUUAUUAAGCCCCCAGGAGCCCGAGGUCACUUUAAAGAUUGGGGGCACGCCUGUCAGCUUCUUAGUAGACACCGGGGCAGCUCAUUCAGUCCUUACUCAGCCUCUGGGACCACUAUCCAGUAGAAAAACAAUUAUUCAAGGGGCCACAGGAAAAACCACAACAAGCCCUUGGACCACCAACCAACUUGUUGAUCUGGGGAACGGCACUGUCACCCACUCCUUUUUAGUUAUUCCAGAAUGUCCAUACCCCCUCUUAGGACAGGACUUACUCUACAAACUUCAAGCAAACAUUUCUUUUUGUGAGAGUCAAGCUUGCCUCUCAAUUCCUCCUCGUUAGGCAUCAGGGCCACCCCAGCAAAUCCUCAUCACCUGUGCCCUGUCAGAUGAGUAUCUCUUGCAGGAAACCUUAUCCUCAGAAACAGACCAACCACCAAUAUCAAACCUCCUCCGCCUGUUCCAAGAAAGCAUACCUGGAGUCUGGGCUGAAACAAAUUCUCCAGGCUUGGCAAAUAACCGUACCCCAGUCGUAGUCCAGCUAUUGGCAACAGCAACUCCAGUUCAGGUACGACAAUAUCCCAUGGGCCAAGAAGCCAGAUGGGGAAUUACUCCACAUAUAUCCAGGCUCCUAGAAGGAGGAAUCCUUAUUGCUUGUCAGUCCCUCUGAAAUACUCCCUUGUUCCCUGUCUUGGAACCAGGCACAAAGGACUAUUGAUCUGUGCAGGACUUAAGGGAAGUAAACAAACGAGUGGAAGCUGUCCGCCCAACGGUCCCAAAUCCGUACACCCUCCUAAGUCUCUUGGGCCCAGAGCACCACCAUCAUACUGUUCUGGAUCUCAAGGAUACAUUUUUCUGCAUCCCACUGGCUCCUAUUAACCAGCCCAUAUUUGCUUUUAAAUGGACUGACCCCAAUACUGGGGUCUCAGGACAACUCACUUGGACAAGACUGCCUCAGGGGUUCAAAAACUCCCCCACUUUGUUUAACGAGGCAUUUAGCCAAGAUCUUGCCACUUUCCGAGCUGAGUUCCCCAAGUGCACCCUACUGCAGUACAUGGAUGGCUUACUCUUGGCUACAAAAAUCCAGGAGGCCUGUCAAGAGACCACCCAGUCAUUACUAAAGACCCUACAAACUCUAGGUUACUGGGUCUCAGCUAAAAAGGCCCAGCUCUGUCAGCCAAAAGUUACUUAUCUGGGUUAUAUUAUAAAAAAAGGCAACAGGGCACUGGCACCCAGCCGAAUGCAAGCAGUGCUGCAAAUACCCACCCCUACCACAAAACUCGAAGUUCGAGAAUUCCUUCGGGCGGUUGGGUAUUGCAAACUAUGGGUCUUGGGAUUUGCUGAGAUAGCUAAGCCCCUGUAUGCCUGCACUGAAGGAAUUCAGCCCUUAACUUGGACUAAGACAGAACAACGAGCUUUUGACGAGCUCAAAAGUGCCCUAACUACGGCCCCAGCCUUGGCCUUGCCAAACAUCUCCAAGCCCUUCUGGUUGUUUGUACAUGAAAAACAGGGAGUCGCUAAGGGGGCGCUCACCCAGACAUUGGGACCAUCGUCCCGGCCAGUCGCCUACGUUUCAAAAAGGCUUGAUCCCAUAGCCUCUGGGUGGCCAACUUGUCUAAGGGCAGUUGCAGCUAUGGCCCUCUUGGUCAAGGAGGCGGACAAAUUAACCUUAGGGCAGGAGUUAAACUUAGUGGCACCCAACGCGGUGGAGUCCCUACUCCGUGGAGCGCCAGGAAAAUGGAUGUCAAAUGUCCACAUAGUUCAGUAUCAGGCUUUGCUUUUGGACCAGCCCCGCAUAAAAUUUUUAAAGACUACAGUUUUAAACCCAGCCACGCUGCUACCUGACAGCGAGCUGGAGAAGCCAGUACAUGACUGCCAGCAGACAAUGGACGUCCUCCAUGCUGCUUGACCGAACCUUACUGAUGUCCCCCUACAAAACCCAGAGGAGGUACUGUAUACAGAUGGCAGCAGUUUCGUGGUCGACGGGCCCAGGCUCUUCUGCAUGGAACCUCAGCCUAAAAGGCAGAACUCAUAGCUCUAACAAAGGCCUUAGACUGGGCGGAGGGAAAAACUGUUAAUAUCUACACGGAUAGCCGGUAUGCCUUUCCUACGGCCCAUGUACAUGGAGCCAUUUAUAAAGAAAGAGGGCUACUCAUCUCAAAAGGAAAAAUCAUCAAAAAUAAAGAGGAAAUCCUAGCCCUAUUAGAGCCUAUUUGAAAGCCUAAGGCAGUGGCAUUAAUACACUGCAAAGAACAUCAGAAGGGAGAUUCACCAGAGGCAAGGGGAAACAGAGCAGCUGACCUACAAGCCAGACAGGCAGUCUUGGGGCCAGUAAAACCCCUGACUCUUCUUGUAACUCUGCCGGCCCCAACCCUGCCCCCUACUCCUACGUACUCACCUGAUGAAGAAAACUUUGCUAAAGAACAUGGGGCCACACAAAAUUCCACAGAAUGGUAAAUCCUACCGGAUACAAGGAUUGUGGUCCCCAAGGCUCUAGGAUGGGCGCUAGUUAAGGACACACAUCAGGCCACACACUUAGGACAGACAAAACUAAUUAAGCUGUUAAGAGCCAGAUACCACAUUCCACAUUUACAUGAAUUUGUUAAGAAAACUACAGCUUGAUGUGAUAUAUGUGCUAGGGUAAAUCCAAAAGGCAACAAGUUUAACCAGGCAGAAAUAUGACUUAGGGAAACUAGCCCUGGGGAGCACUGGGAAAUAGAUUUCGCUGAAGUAAAGCCCCCGCUAAGUGGCUACAAAUACCUUCUUGUGUUUGUGAAUACGUUCUCUGAAUGGGUUGAGGCUGUCCCCACUAAAGCUGAAACUACUUUGGUAGUCACAAAGAAACUCCUACAAGAUUUGGUCCCCCGGUUUGGCCCGCCUUUAAUGCUGGGAUCAAACAAUGGGCCAGCCAUCAUGACUCAAAUCUCUCAAAGCCUGGCCAAAGCAUUGGGCAUAUCUUAAAAACUACACUGUGCCUAUUGCUCCCAGAGUUCAGGUCAGGUCGAAAAAAUAAACAGAACCAUUAAAAAAACUCUGACAAAAUUUAUCCUGGAAACCGGUGAGAAUUGGGUCAGCUUGCUUCCUUUUGUCCUCCUCCGUGUCCGAUGUACCCCCUACCACAAAGGUUUCUCUCCCUUUGAAAUCAUGUUUGGGAGGUCCCCUCCCUUGCUCCCAAAACCCGCAGAUACCAUGCAAGGUGAAAUCCAUAACCAUACACUCCUUAAGUCCUUACAGGCACUUCAGUCUGUCCAACUCCAGGUGCAUCAGCUCAUCAGAGACACUCGAACCCCAUCAGUGGACCUCUCAAACCAGCCAGCACAUUCCUUCCAGCCUGGGGACUCGGUCCUUGUUAAGAAAUUCACAGCCUCCGGUCUGACUCCUCGUUGGAAAGGACCCUACACAGAUAGCCUGACCACUCCCACCGCACUUAAGGUGGACGGACUGACUGCCUGGAUUCAUCACACCCACGUUAAGACUGCCCCACUGGAAGAGCAAUGAAAAGUUGACCACUCAUCACUGGAUCCGUUAAAGCUAAAACUUUUGUGCUCUUCGCGGUCACCACCCUUGUCUCCCUAACCCUUGCUGUAAACCCCUAAAAAAGACCUCCCUUGGAGCCCACUCAUUAUCAAUGAAUCCUUACAGUGGGCUCCAC